CAACUGAUUAACAGAAAUCUUAACAACUGAUUCCUGCCUGUUAUUCCAUUUUCAGAAUUUAUAGUUAAAAAAGAUAAGAUUUUUUUUUAAAUUAGAUAAAAUCCAGACAUUUAUAGGUUAAUCCUCCCUAUUUAUGAAUUUUAUUUCUGAAUAUCUUUUUUAUUUUAUUUUUGAUUCUGCAUAGAACCACUAAAUCUUGUUUGUAUCACUGCCAUGAAAUCUCUGCUGUUUACGUGAUAGAUUUUCAUCAUAUUUUGCAUUGUGGUCCAAACGGCCCUUGACCCGUAAUUCGGCCCGUGGCCCGUUUUAAACCCAUGACCGUUAGAAUUUCAUUGUCUUUCUCUGAAUCUGUAAUCAGCCAGCCUUCUGGAAACUAAAAACCAUGGCAGAAGAUGGAGAAACUUCAAAACCAAAAGGUCUAAUCAUACCAAACAAAGAAUUUAUAAAAUCUUUUCUCACUUCAGCAAAAUCAGAUCCAACUCUAACACAUGAGCUUCGUCAAAUCUCUUCAACUCUCUUAACCCAACAUUCAAUCCCAUAUAAAUCAUUAAGACAAAUCUGGUCUAAAUCUCUCCCUUCAGCUAGACCUAAUCUGCUUCAUCUAUUUUCUGGUUCUAGUUUUGUUUUCUCCAGCCCUGAACCUAGAGAGAAAAGCAAACAGCUUCAGGAGAGAUUGAAGAAGCUGUCGGAUUUGGCUGAACGAAGAGAAUAUAAAGAACUUGUUAAAGAUAUUAGUCCUGUUGAACAAACUGAUGAGCCUUUCUCAUCAUAUAAAGAUCAAAUGGGGUUUGGUUUCCACGUUGCUGUUACUAUGUUUACGGGUUAUCUGAUGGGAUAUGCUGCAUUCAGAGCUUUGUUUAAUCAUAACCCUGUCAUGAAUGCUGCUGGUGGUAUCCUUGGACUAGUUUUUGCAAUGCUCUUGGAGACGCUUCUUUUCAUAAUUAAAACUUCCAGUAACGAACCUGGAUCCUUAUCAUCUGAUGCUUCAAAGCUAAACAAAUGUCAGUAGCAACAUGUCAACAACAUAUGUGACU